UCUGCAGUCUCUGGUCAUAUCCUGUACUAUGUCCGCAGUCUCUGGUCAUCCCCUGUACUAUGUCCAUAGUCUCUGGUCAUCUCCUGUAGUACAUCUGCAGUCUGGUCAUCUCCUGUACUAUGUCUGCAGUCUCUGGUCAUCUCCUGUAGUAUGUCUGCAGUCUCUGGUCAUUCCAGUAGUACAUCUUCAGUCUCUGGUCAUCUCCUGUAAUAUGUCCACAGUCUCUGGUUGUAAUGCCUGUGAAAUGUCAUUGCCGUUACAUGGUCAUCUCCUGUAGUAUGUCUGCAGUCUCUGGUCAUCUCCUGUACUAUGUCUGCAGUAUCUGGUCAUUUCCUGUACUAUGUCUGCUGUUCAUUGGUUCAGAAUAUUUUUAUUCUUGUUUUCCUUCUCU